UUCAUUCAUACAGCUCAUAGAGUUACCCAGUGUGUGCAAGAUUCCCUUAGAAAACAAGCAUUUUCUUUUUACAAUACAGAGACAGAAAACCUGCAAGUUAUAUUCACGUCCGGUAAGUGCAUGCUGGAUCUGUUUUACCCACCAUCACAAGUCUGAGCUUGCUUGCUAAAAGAAGAUUUUGUGUGAGGCCAGCAAGUCUGAUCCUCUGCUGGGCUGACAAAGCUGGAAGUUGCCAUUCCCAGAUGGAAAACCACCAAACUCUGGAUGCCAAUGAGGAAAACCCUUUUCUCUGUUUUCAGAGAACUCCAUCCCUACGUCGGAAGUGGAGAAAGCGGUAUGGGGGGCUGGAUGGGAACAAACUGCUGGAGCCCAAUGAGGAAGAAGAUCUUCCAGAAAAUGGUUUAAUGAAAGACUCCCAUCCGGAAAGGAAUUCACCACAACCAAGGAGUGCUGAAAACCAGGAGACCCCCUUAGUAGCAAAGGUGGGUGGCCUAAGGACCAGAACUGCUCCCAAGGCACAGAAACCAGUAAACCUGGUGACUCCAGGUCCCACAGGAGCGUCGGUGUUUGUCAAUAACAGGAAGCAGAUGUCCUCAGCUCCACAUGGGGAGCUCCUUUGCCACGGAAACCAGUUUUGGAAAAGCAAAACUAAGGUGGACUCUCAGCAGCCUCAUUCUAAAAAGAAAGUGGCUGCCGAUGUAUUGUUUGAAAGUUUUGCAUCUGAAGGAGCUGUUAACAUGGCUCAUUUUUUUGAGGCGGUUUGGAGCUCUGGAAUUCGUAAAAGUGACCCCAGGAUAAAGGACUGUUACUUACUAAUGAAGAAGCUGCAGCAAGCUGACGGCACUGUGGACAGAAAUACCUUUCACAGGUGUGUGACUGGAUUUGUGUCUUUCAUACUGAAAGCUCUGCAGGGCAGGUUUGUGAUUCCAGAUUUCCCAACAUUUACUGAGGAAACCCAGAAGAUUUUCAUGAAGUGCAAACAACUCUCUUCGUUCAAGUCAGAGCUGGACAGCCUCGAGAGUGGCAGUGGGAAGUGGGGUGUUUCAAUUUGUACAGCGGAUGGACAAAGGCUAUCUCUGGGGGACUCUGCAGAGCCAUGUCUUUUGGGAGAGUGCUCCUGGCCCCUGGUUUAUGGCAUUGCGGUGGAGCAGUUCAAUGCUGAUUAUGUACACAGAUACGUCGGGAUAGAAGAGUAUUCGAAGCACGAUUCGUCCUUUACGCUGACCAAGCAAGGGAUUCCUCACAGUCCGCUUGUUGAAACAGGAGCCAUCAUAACCUCAUCAUUAUUACAGCUAGCUGCUGGGCUUGGUGUAGAGGAGGAAAAGUAUGAAUCAGUUUUGAACCUAUUUAGAAGACUCUGUAAUAAAGGAAAUGUCAAUCUGAAUUGCAGCAGACAUCAAAACCUGAGGAAAGAGAGCAUCAGACUCCACGCUCUGUCAUUUUUCCUUCAAGAAAACAAAUGUUUUCCAGAGUCGGUUGAUAUUGGUGCUGCACUGGACCUAAUGCUGCAGGGUUUAUCUACAGAAGUGACGUGCGAGUCUGGAGCUGCUAUGGCUGCCACAUUAGCCAAUGGGGGCCUUUGUCCUCUGUCAGAUGACCAAGUAUUGGGGCCUUCCUCUGUCCGGAAUGCGUUGUCCAUGAUGCAGGUGGCAGGGAUGAAUGAUUAUUCCAGAACUUUCCAUUUUAAGACAUCAAUACCAGCAAAAUCAAGCAAAAAUGGUCUCCUGCUGGCAGUGGUUCCGGGAGUAAUGGGCAUCGCCUGCUGGUCUCCAGAGCUGGAUGCCUUUGGUAACUCUUGGAAAGGAGUGCACUUUUGUCAGGAACUGGUUUCAGCAUUCCAGCUGCACAGCUUUGAUAUCAGAACCCCAUUCCGCCAGGUUGUCACAUACAGACAGUGGAAAGCAGAAUCAGAGGGGUACCAGAUAAUGAAUGUACUGCUGGCAGCUUAUAGAGGAGAUGUGCGUUCGCUGCGAAGAUACUUGCUGUCGGGAGUGGAUGUCAAUUCGGUUGACUACGACAGCAGAUCUGCCCUGCAUGUUGCUGCCUCUGAAGGACAUCUUGAAGUUAUAAAAUUCCUUAUAGAAAAUGCUGGAGCAGACCACAUGGCCAUUGAUAGGUGGGGUAAUACACCAUUGCAGGAAUCCCUGAGGUACAACCACAUCCAUGCAGUUCAGCUGCUCAGGAGGUAUAAAGACCACCAUGAAUCUUCAUGA